AAAACUCAAAAGCUCAUAAAUCCGGACGUGUAUACCUUUUCACUCUUAUCAAUGGCUGCUACUUUUGCUUUCCUCAAAGAUGUAAGGAGACAAAGAGAUCAAGCAGGAGGCACCGUUUGGAAGCUUUUGUCUAGGCACCUAGAGGAAAAACUUGUCGCAGCUGAGAUUUUCUUUGUAAAGUUGAAGCACGAGAGUUACCAAGAAUUCUCAGAAGUUCCUGAUCUAAGUAAGUGGUUUUCGAGUUAUGUCUAUGAAUCACCGAUGCUGGAUACAAGUGAUGGUCUUGAACUUUCUUUUCCUGGAGAAAGUAAAGGUAUAAAGGAUAUGGAAUUAGUCUCUUCUCAGGAUAAAGACAAGUCUCAAUCGCAAGUUGCAUUUUCAGAGAUUACAGAAGUCGUUGAGUACAAUGAAGUAGAUGAAGAAAACAACAGUAUUUGGGGAAAGCCUAAGAAAAAGCGCAUCAGUACUAUUUAGAGAAAAUCUAUGAGAAAGAAAGAGCCUACAACAAC